UAAAGACCGAUCAAGUACAACUUGCUGUAAACACAUACCCAGGAAUAUUGCUUUGCAGCAACAAUAAAUUUUUUUAAGUGUCAGUCUGUAAGGGACUUUGACAGUACAUAAUAUACUUCAGUUUGGAAUCGACUGCUUUUAAAGCAAGUUUCCUGUUAAAUUCGUUUGUUUAAUUAUACCGAAAAUUUGCAUUUUUAGCAUUUUUGCCCUCUCCGUUUUUAUUAAUAUCUUUUGAUUUCAAUUCCCUGUUCUCUUCUAGUUUUGUUUAGCCAUGGUUAAUUUCCUUGCUUCUAAUUUGAUGCGCCUUCCUUUGCGCGUCGCUGGACGCCGUGUUCCUGGUCGCUUUGCCGUUUCUCAAACCCGCUCUUAUGCUAAGGAUUUGAAAUUUGGUGUUGAUGCUCGUGCUUCUCUCCUUUCUGGUGUUGACACCUUGGCUAGCGCUGUUUCCGUUACUUUGGGACCUAAAGGCCGUAAUGUCUUAAUUGAUCAAGCCUUUGGUUCUCCUAAGAUCACUAAAGACGGUGUUACUGUCGCUAGAAGUGUUAGUUUGAAGGAUAAGUUUGAAAACCUUGGUGCCCGUUUGGUUCAAGAUGUUGCUAGCAAGACCAAUGAAGUUGCCGGUGACGGUACCACUACUGCCACUGUUUUGGCUCGUGCUAUUUUUUCUGAAACUGUCCGUAACGUUGCUGCUGGCUGCAACCCUAUGGAUCUCCGUCGUGGUAUCCAACUCGCCGUUGAGAACGUGGUUGAGUUCCUUCAAGCCAACAAGCGUGACAUCACCACUGCUGAGGAAAUUUCUCAAGUUGCUACCAUUUCCGCUAACGGUGACAAGCACAUUGGUGAAUUGCUCUCCAAGGCUAUGGAACGUGUCGGCAAGGAGGGUGUCAUUACAGUCAAGGAAGGCCGUACCAUUUCCGACGAGCUUGAAGUCACUGAAGGUAUGAAGUUUGAUCGCGGCUACAUUUCUCCUUACUUUAUGACUGAUGUUAAGUCUCAAAAGGUUGAAUUUGAGAACCCCUUGCUUCUUUUGUCUGAGAAGAAGAUCUCUGCCGUUCAAGACGUUUUACCCGCACUUGAACUUGCUGCUCAACAACGUCGCCCUCUUGUUAUCAUUGCUGAGGAUGUCGAUGGUGAAGCCCUCGCUGCUUGCAUCUUGAACAAGCUUCGUGGUCAACUUCAAGUUGUCGCUGUUAAGGCCCCUGGCUUUGGUGACAACCGUCGUAACAUGCUCGGUGAUUUGGCUGUUUUAACCGAUAGCGCUGUUUUCAAUGAUGAAAUUGAUGUUUCCAUUGAGAAGAGUCAACCUCAUCACUUUGGUAGCUGCGGCUCCAUCACCGUCACUAAGGAAGAUACCAUCAUUAUGAAGGGGGCUGGUGAUCACAUCAACGUUAACGAGCGUUGCGAACAAAUUCGUAGCGUCUUGGCUGAUCCUAGCCUCAGCGAGUACGAGAAGGAAAAGCUCCAAGAACGUUUGGCUAAAUUGAGCGGAGGUAUUGCUGUCAUCAAGGUUGGUGGUUCUUCUGAAGUUGAAGUCAGCGAAAAGAAGGAUCGUAUUGUCGAUGCUUUGAACGCUGUUAAGGCUGCUGUUUCCGAGGGUGUUCUCCCCGGUGCUGGUACUUCUUUCGUCAAGGCCAGUCUUCGUUUAAGUGAGAUCCCCACUGCCAACUUUGAUCAAAAAUUGGGUGUGGAAAUUGUCCGUAAGGCUAUUACCAGACCUGCUCAAACCAUCCUUGAAAAUGCCGGAUUGGAGGGCAAUUUAAUUGUCGGAAAACUCAAAGAAUCCUACGGUAAGGAUUUCAACAUUGGUUAUGACAUUGCUAAGGAUCGCUAUAUUGAUUUGAAUGAAAUCGGUGUUCUUGAUCCUUUGAAGGUUGUCCGCACUGGUUUGGUUGAUGCUAGCGGUGUGGCUUCCUUGAUGGGUACUACUGAGUGUGCCGUCGUUGAUGCCCCUGAGGAAUCCAAGCCCGCUAUGGGUGGUGGCCCUGGUGCCAUGGGUGGUAUGCCAGGAAUGAUGUAAAGCUCUUAGUGAAGGAAUUCAUGUUUGCAUCUUCGCCUUAAUAUAUUUCUUCGUUCCAAAAAAAAAAUUGAUUUAACUAAUCUCGUCCGCAUAUAAUAAUUAAUUUUGGACAAUCUGAUGAUAAAGUUUACUAAACGACUCAACGAUUUAUGUUUUGAGAAAAGUCUCAUUGAAUAAUGAAGCCGAGUACGUAUGUUACUUUUUGGGAGUUUUGUUUCUAAUCUUGAGGAGUGAUAUAAGCUUUUUGUUUUGUGAGGAAUGUUAUUUUGUUAUUCAACUCGAAGUAAUCAAAGCGUUUCUCAUCGAUUCACAAAAGAUUUAUAGGCUCUUACUCUGUAAUAUAUGAUUCUUUCUUUGAUAAAUGUAUUCUAUAAUGAAUCAGUUCGACUUUUUAAGCAGACGUGGUUAAUACUUGCGAGAACUUGUUAUUUGGAAACGAAGGAGAAUGCCAAGUCUUAUUAUUUUUUGGACAAUCCUAGAAAUAUGCUGACCAUUCUAAUACGUUAUACACCGUACCUGAAAGUGAUGAAAAAUAAACGGAUGAUUACAUAUCCGAGAGCGCAAAAACCCAUGUGGAUAUUGCCGUUGCCUUCCUUCUGAUUCAGGUAUUAUGUAUAUACGUAUAUAGAAUGUUUAGACUUAGGACUAGGAUGAACAAGCCAUUUAUAGCAAGACUUGCUGUUCUUACUAUUCGUUUUCUGACUCAAUGUUUGAGUUUUCCCAAGUGCAUCUAGUAGGAUUUCUCGGUGCUGUGAGUAUCUAUUGUAAUGAGUAAUCUUGUAAGUGAUUGUAGGAAGACACUGUACCACUUGUUCAAUGUCUUUAACUAAGGAGAUUGAAUAUUUUGUGGAUAUACAUAGCAAGCCUAUUAUUAUGAUGCUUGUUGUCUUGUAAUUUUGUCUUACAUGCUUACUAUAUGUGUAUAAUGUGGGUGAUAAAGAAUAGUCGCGUUUCUUCAUGGUGUUGUUUAUUUCAAACUAAGUUGGAUGUUUUGGCGUCCUUUCGUCGAGGGAGGAAAUGUAAGUGGAUAGUACAGGGUUGUGAAAGACAUUGAGACCGAUGGAUAGUAUGAGUUCCAUUUUAUAUCUUGUGUGGAUUCUUUUUUUUUAAAAAAAAGUUGAAUGUUACAUUUCAAAUACUUUGGACACUACUACAUAAUAACUACGGGGUUUUUGAGUAGUAACUUUUGGGAAUAAAAAUGUUUUAUAUGAAAAAUAUUCCUAAACUCGUUUUGCGCUCGUAAAUCCAGUUUAACCUGAUUUAAACAUUGUACAUGAUCAGAAGCUUUACAAAGCUUCUAAAAACAGUCAUUUAAUACAGGAAUUCUUAAUCUUCAUUCAAGAUAUAAUUGUUAAAAAAUAAAAAUGAUACAUCUUCGAUAUAUAGAAGGGCUUCCCUUCGGCAAACUUGUUCAAGUAGAUUUUUAUCAGACCCACAAACUAAGCCAGGCUCAUUUAAGAUCGUAUGUUCAAAAUUUAUAUGAAUUAAGAAAAUUAAUAAGUACAAAGAAGCCAACUGCUUUUCUGUUAUACGUUGUUAUACUCGUAAUAUACACCUUUAGACCAUUGAGCUCGGUGGUAAGUACUAGAGCACAAUUCGAAAGACAUAAUUACCAUAAGUUUUUUUCUUUUAGCCGAGGAAAAAAAAAGAUAAUCAUCCCUUCGUGAACUGAUAAUACUUUCUUUUCGUUACACUUAACCUAUGAUUAUCUUGGUUCCUCCUUUACGUCUGAGGCGGCUGGCUCCUCGUCCAUCCUAGAGUCUUCUGGCACAUCCUGUGUACUUUCCAAAGUCUUUGACUCGUUGCUAGAAAUCCAAUUUGGCUGAGUAAGGCAAAACUUCUCAGGAGGUAACCUCAGUCCAUAAGAUGGCUGAAUCUGGGGCAACGGCUUUCUAUUCCGUUCGGUAGCUAGUUCUAACAAAAAUUCUUUGGGAGGGGGGCCCGUGAAGGAAUGAUUGACUUGCGAAGCAACCGCUAGACGAACGUCUUCGACGGAAAUGGGAACACCGCUUCCACGAGAAUGCUCCGCAUAAACCUGAGAGUCUUGGACCAAUUGUUGAGUAUAGCGAUGGGCAAAUGUUAGUAAUUGUAAGGGAACAGUUUGUGAAUAGGCUGGAACUCCCAAGGAACUCAUAAUUAAAUGAAUGAGUCGCGCAUCCUUAGGACCUUUUACAGGUUCAUCUGUCACGGGCGGAGAGCUCAUAGCUGUAUCUCAAAUGACUUGAAGCUCAGAACAAAGCCUUUCCUAGACCAGCCGUAUUUCUGAGACUAAGUGUUUUGUUUUCGUGAAUAACUGCCGUUAGUUAGGGGGAAAUUGCGUAUUUCAAUGAACUCUAUAAAACUGAUAAAGCGAGUGUUAACGAGACAAAGACUCGCUUUUUUUGAUGCUAUAUUGGUUUGUGGAAAAGAAACAAAGAAUAGUAAGAACGUAGUGAUACAAGCUGCUAACUGUUUACAAAUCAACUAUAACUAUCUCUAUUCAACCAUCAUAGAACUUAAGUUGUUGGAACUGAGGAUAGAGUGAUGAGAAAUAACAU